CUUAUACUACGGUUGCCACACCUCAAGACAUCGAUCAGAUGAUAUAUUUCAAGGGAUUCGUCCGGUUUUUCUACUUAAAUCGCUAUUAGGCCCCAGCAGGAAUCAUCUGGUCUGGAUCAGCAUAAAAAUGGAUGGAUCUGCUUCUGAAAUGCGCCCCCCUGUGGGGUGUAACGGAAAGAGCGCUGAGAGUGUCCCGAUGAAGAGAACAGACUCCCCUGUACCCAGCUGUGUUUCCAUGAAGAGUGACUGGUCAAUGGGAAAACCACUCAACUUCAGAGAGGGACCUUUUCCUACAGAUCAAAGUGUUCUGAUGAAGAGAGCAGACUCCCCUGUACCCAGCUGUGUUUCCCUGAAGAGUGACUGGUCAAUGGAGCCUCCACAUGCCUUCAGAGAGGGACCUUUUCCUACAAAUCAAAGAGACCAAAUGGAAGAAUGCAGUUCAGAUCUACAUGAUAAAUCGGGUUUAUCAUCCAUACUGAAGUCGCUAGAGGAAAAAGUCAUAAAGUUCCUAAAGGAGGAACUGAAGACAUUUGUGAGGUACCUAGAUCAGAAUUACCCAGAAUGCUCUGAGCCUCAGCUGGAGGAGGACAAUGACCUGGACAGUGAUGGUCAGAUGCAGAAGACCAGUGUUAGAGAGGUAGCUCUGAAGAUAACACUGUACAUCCUGAGGACCAUGAAGCAAGAUGAUCUUGCUGACCUGCUGGACAAGAGAAAGCUCAUGCUACAGGAAAUCAAAGCUAAACUUAAGAAGCAAUUUGAGUGUGUAUUUGAAGGGAAAGCUAAGGAAGGACAGCCAACACUUCUCAGUGAGAUUUACACAGAACUCUACAUAACUGAAGGCGGAACUGGAGCAGUCAAUGAUGAACAUGAAGUGAGACAGAUUGAAACAGCAUCCAAGAAAAGGCGAACAGAAGAUACUACAGUCAAGUGCAAUGAUAUAUUUAAACCCUUAUGUGGGCGUGAGACACCUAUCAGAACUGUACUCACUAAAGGGGUGGCAGGUAUCGGGAAAACAGUCUCUGUGCAGAAAUUUAUUCUCGACUGGGCAGAAGGAAAAGCAAACCAGGAUGUUCACUUCAUAUUUGCUCUUCCUUUCCGGGACCUGAAUUUGAUUAAGGGUGAAUACAGUCUGAUUGAACUGCUUCACCACUUUGUCCCAGAACUGAAAUCAUUUCAAUCCACUGACCUGUUUAGCUCCAAAGUCUUGUUCAUCUUUGAUGGUCUGGAUGAGUUUCGCCUUCCUCUGGAUUUUCAGAACAAUGAGAGCUGGUUUGAUGUAACAGAGAAAACGUCCCUGGAUGUGCUAUUGACUAACCUCAUUAAGGGGAAUCUGCUCCCAUCCGCUCUCCUCUGGAUAACUUCCCGGCCAGCAGCAGCCAAUCAGAUACCUGCUAAGUGUGUCCACCAGGUGACAGAGAUACGAGGGUUCAGUGAUGCCCAGAAGGAGGAGUAUUUCAAGAAGAGAUUUGAUGAUCAGAGCCUGGCCAGCAGGAUUAUCACACAUGUGAACUCAUCAAGGAGCCUCUUCAUCAUGUGCCACAUACCUGUGUUCUGCUGGAUUUCAGCCACUGUGCUUAAGAGGCUUUUUAGUGAGAUUGACAGGGGAGAAAUUCCAAGGACUCUGACUGAAAUGUACACACACUUCCUGAUCUUUCAGACAAGUGUAAAAAAUGACAAGUAUAUGAAAAACCAUGAAACUAAGCUUAAAGAAUACAGCAAGGAAUUCCUUUUGACACUUGGUGAACUUGCUUUUGACAACCUUGAGAAAGGCAAUCUCAUAUUUUAUGAGCAAGAUCUGACAGAGAAUGGCAUUGAUGUCAGUGAAGCUUCAGUUUACUCUGGAGUGUGCACAGAAGUCUUUAAAGAGGAGUAUGGGUUGUACCAGGAGAAGGUGUACUGCUUUGUGCAUCUGAGCAUCCAGGAGUAUCUCGCUGCUUUAUAUGUGUUUCUAUCAAACUCAUUAACUGACCUGCUGAAGACUGCAGUGGAUCAGGCAUUAGAGAGCAAGAAUGGACACUUGGACCUCUACCUCCGCUUCCUCCUGGGCCUCUCAACAGACUCCAGUAAGACUCUGUUACAAAGGCUACUGGGGCCGACAAGAAUCACCUCACAUAUCAUUAAGGAUACAGCCCAGUACAUCAAGGGGAAAAUAAAGGAGAAUUUAUCUCCAGAAAGGACCAUCAAUCUGUUCCACUGUCUGACUGAAUUGGGUGACAAUUCUCUAGUAGAGGAAGUACAAAGAUACCUGAAUUCAGGAAACAUUUCAGCAGAUGACCUCUCACCUGCACAAUACUCAGCUCUGGCCUUUGUGAUGCUGAUGUCAGAUGAGGAGCUGGAUGUGUUUGAUCUGAAGAAAUACAUCAGAUCAGAUGAAGAGCACUGCAGGUUGCUGCCUGUGGUCAAGAACUCCAGGACGGCUCUGCUGAACAGCUGUGAUCUCAUAGAUAAACACUGUGAAGUGCUGUCUUCAGCUCUAAGAUCAAACUCUUCCCCCCUGAGAGAGCUGGACCUGAGUGACAAUAACCUGAAGGAUUCAGGAGUGAAGCUGCUCUCUGCUGCACUGGAGGAUUUACACUGUAAACUGGAGAUACUGAGGCUGUCAGGCUGUAGAGUCACAGAAGAAGGCUGUUCUUCCCUGGCUUCAGCUCUGAAGUUAAACCCCUCACACCUGAGAGAGCUGGAUCUUAGCUACAAUCACCCAGGAGACUCAGGAGUGAAGCUGCUCUCUGCACUACUGGAGGAUCCCAGCUGUAAACUGGAGAAGCUGAAGGUGGGCCGGUGUGAACUCACAGAGAAAUGCUGUGAGGCACUGGCUUCAGCUCUCAGAUCAAACUCCUCACCCCUGAGAGAGCUGGACCUGAGUGACAAUGACCUGCAGGACUCAGGAGUGAAGCUGCUCUCUUUUGGACUGGAGGACUUACACUGUAAACUGGAGAUACUGAGGCUGUCAGGCUGUAGAGUCACAGAAGAAGGCUGUUCUUCCCUGGCUUCAGCUCUGAGAUCAAACCCCUCUCACCUGAGAGAGUUGGACCUGAGCUACAAUCACCCAGGAUUCUCAGGAGUGAAGCUGCUCUCUGCUGUACUGGAGGAUCCCAGCUGUAAACUGGAGAAGCUGAAUGUGGAUCACGGUGGAAAGUGCAGGACCAGACCAGGCUUACAGAAAUACUCCUGCCAGCUGACGCUGGACCCCAACACAGCAAACAGACUCCUGUCUCUGUCAGGGGGGGACAGGAAGGUGACAGGGGGGGCAGAGCAGCCAUAUCCUGAUCAUCCAGAGAGAUUUGACAGCUGGAGCCAAGUUCUGUGCAGAGAGAGUCUGACUGGUCGCUGUUACUGGGAGGCUGAGUGGGAUGGACAUGGAGCCUGGAUAGGAGUGACUUAUAAAGGGAUCAGGAGGAAAGGAGGGAGUGACUGUGGGCUUGGAGCCAAUAACAAGUCAUGGAUGCUUAUCUUCUCUCCUCACAGACACUCUGUCUGUCACAAUAAUAAAGAGACUCUCAUACCCAUAGAGCCCUCAGGCUCCCACAGAGUAGGAGUGUAUCUGGACUGGGGGGCUGGUGCUCUGUCCUUCUACAGAGUCUCCUCUGAUGGACUGACCCCCCUGCACAGAUUCACCUCCUCAUUCACUGAGUCCCUCUAUCCAGGGUUUGGGGUUUAUCCAAACCCCCCCGUGUCGCUGUGCAUGCUGGGAUAGCUCACUGUGUGCUGGAGGAAUCAUUUUUACCGUAUCAGUCUCACAUGUCGCUGCUUCUCCAUGGCAAAAAGGUAAAAUCUCUGCUUUAUAACCAGUAUAACCCUUUUUACUCUGUCUGAAGUGUGACGUAUGUUAAUAAUUGGGUUCUGUAAGCUGAACAAACAUGUAGAAUGACUGUUUUUCUCUGACUUAUGUUCUAUGUUGUCUGUAAAUGCACCAAAACUGCCUAAACAAAUUCAUAGUACAUGCAGUUGUACCAAUGGAGUGAAUUCUGAUUCUGAAAAAAAUAAAAUGUAAUGAAAUCUAAGCCUGAUGAGUGGGGGGAGCUUUUCCCCUCCCCUCUAUAUGUAUAUUUUAUAUUUCGGUCUAUAUAUUGUAU